UAGACAGCUGGUGUAGUCUGACGUCGGCCCAGGGACAAGAGCAUCUCUUGGAAUGGAGACCAGCUGCUCACAAUCUCCUGGUGAACACCUACCUGACCUUGUCCUCUUUACAGAAAGCCCUGAAGCCAACAUGUCGACCCCACAAAGUCAGGCCACUCCAGGAUUAUAUAGUAUUCGUGAUUCUCACCAGAUGGUGUGGGUCCUGGAGGGAAGCUCUUUAAUCGCAGUUCCUUCUAGCAGCAAUGUCAAACCUGUCGUCAUUUCCUCACUACCAUGCACAGAUGCAAACGUCCCUAUUGAAGGAAAAGGCAGCCUGAUAUACUUGGGAGUCAUGGACACAGACCUCUGUUUGUUCUGUGCAGAAACUGAGGGCCAGCCUACUUUGCAGCUUAAGGAGAAAAAGAUAAUGGACCUCUACAUGGAGAAUGAAGCGCAGCUGCCCUUUCUCUUUCUGCACAGCAUAGAGGGCUCCACCUCCACCUUCCAGUCGGUCGCCUAUCCCGGCUGGUUCAUAGCCACUUCCUCUGAGGUGGGACAGCCUGUCAUCCUCACCAAGGAGAGGGGCAAAACUUACAACACCAACUUCUUUUUCAGUUCUUGGACGGGAUUUCAGUGA